AUAAACUCAAUUAUUCUUUGGACACAAAAUUUGUCUUCAAAACAUCUGAGAAAUGGGUCUACGAGACAUCGGAGCAACUCUUCCUCCCGGGUUUAGGUUUUAUCCGAGCGAUGAGGAAUUGGUGUGCCAUUAUUUGUACAAAAAGAUCACAAAUGAAGAGGCUUUGAGGGGGACGUUGGUCGAGAUUAACUUGCAUACUUGUGAGCCAUGGCAGCUUCCUGAGGUGGCUAAAUUGAACAGAAACGAGUGGUACUUCUUCAGUUUUCAAGAUCGAAAAUACGCAACGGGAGUGAGGGCGAACCGUGCAACAAUCGGUGGAUACUGGAAAGCGACCGGAAAAGAUCGGACAGUGAUGAAUCCAAAGACAAGUGAGGUGAUGGGGAUGAGAAAGACUUUGGUAUUUUACAGAAAAAGGGCUCCUAAUGGGAUCAAAACUGGUUGGAUUAUGCAUGAAUUUCGCAUUCAGACUCCGCAUAUGUCCCCAAAGGCGGACUGGGUUCUCUGCAGAGUUUUUCCCCAGAGCAAGCGAGACGAGAUCACCACACAAACAGCUACACAUAUCUAUCGGCCGAUUACAUUCGAUGCAGCCACCCCCGCUCCAUCGUCUUUCUAUUCACUCCCGAGCCACGUCCAGUUUCCGCCUGCAGCGGACGUCAAUAUGCUGCCAUUUAACAACGUCAACUUGGAAGUAGAAGCUGAAGCUGGAGGCUUGAUAUCAAAUGGAGUUGAUGAUUCAACUACACAGCAAAGGAAGUUUGAGUCUGAAGAUUGCAUCCAAAAUGGCUUCUUCCAUUUUGACUAUUUUGUUGCUUGAUGGCAACCAAUCAUUCAAGUGAAGAAACAAAACAAACACCUUCAAAAGUUUGAUUGAUCAUUUGCAUAUAUUUAAAUAAUUUUCUUUGGUAAGUUUUGCUAGUUUGUGUUUGUGAGAAGUGAUUUUGUUCAAAAGUUGCUCCAUUCAUUAAAGAUCUUGCUCCAUUCAUUAAAUAUAUUGUAUAUUAUUUAGUGGAUCUAAUACAUCAAAUCAGUUCAAAAUUUU